AGUCUAAUGCAAGAAAAUAUUGAAGAUUUACCUGAUAAAUUAUCCGACAAAUAUGUUGUCUCAUUUAUUUCACGAAGGUUAUCCAGAAAUUAUACAGAAGAUGAGUUUUUGGAAAGUAUUAAUAAUCUAGAUGAUUUUGCUGAAAUAGAUAAUAUUAGUGUGGAGCUAGAACAAAUCUUUAUUAGUGAAGAAAAUAGAGAGAGAGGAGGUAGUAGAGGUAUACCUUAUCAUAAAGGUUAUGUAACAUUACCAUGA